GAGCAAGAUCUUUCAGAUGAGGUACAGCUAGAUAGUAUUGCUUCUGGUACUUCAAUGAUGCCAGGCUUUCUAGCCCCGGCAAGUCAACAGUUUAUGCAGCCUUUUCGUGGAUUAUUCGCUAACAAUACUGUGCCAUUUCCUCCAGCUUUAACUGGUGACACUAUAGUUGAUGGUGACUUUGAGGAAAAGAGACUGAAAGAUCUGGAACACGGCUGGGAAUAUGCCCCUUUAUUCACAAUGAAGUUUCACACCAAGGAGAGACGAAUGGAUUUAGUUCGACGUAGACGAUGGCAUCGCAAAAUGAUUGCUGAGGGUGCCAAUGCUUCUGCUGUCUUCUCUAUGGAUAAGAAAGAGAAAAAAAGUGAUACAGAAGGAAGUGUGAUGGCUUCUCCAAGGAUCUUUCUGACAUUUAAUGCUCCACAUUCGUAUCAACUUCGUGCUUAUAUUUAUCAAGGAAGAGGUCUUGUUGCCUUGGAUUCUGAUAGCUUUUCAGAUCCCUAUGCUUUUGUUUGUCUAAUGACAAGAAGUCAGAAGACUGAAACCAAAAAGAAGACAUUAUGUCCAACUUGGGACCAGACUCUAAUUAUAGAUGAUUUGGAAAUCUAUGGAGACCCAAUGAAGCUGGCAGAGAAUCCACCUGAUGUUGUCUUUGAAGUUUUUGAUUGGGACGCAGUGGGCUCUCCUGAGUUCAUGGGUCGAGUGAUGGUUAAACCGUUGGUGAAAUUGGAAGGUAAUGAUCCAAGGGUGCCAAGGUUAUUAUGGUAUACAUUAAAACGUGGCAAUGAUGAUGCUGGUGAAGUGCUAGCUUCUUUUGAACUCUAUUUGAAAGAAGAUGGUGAUCUUCCAUUUAUGCCUCCUAUGGAAGGUAAACUAUACCGUGUACCAAGUGGUAUUCGACCUGUUAUGCAGAGAACAGCAAUUGAGGUUUUAUGUUGGGGAGUUAGAAACAUGAAGAAGUUUCAACUUGCCAGUGUUACUUCCCCCAGCAUUGAAUUUGAAUGUGCAGGAAAAGUACUAGAGUCACCAAAGAUCAAAAACACAGUGAAAAAUCCAAACUUCUCCAAUCCUAUACUAUUUUUUGAUAUGAUGCUACCAAAAGAAGAGCUGUACACACCUCCACUCAAUGUUGUGGUACGUGAUCACCGCGCAUUUGGACGCAAACCAAUUGUUGGGAUUAAUGUACUCAAAUCAAUUCAGAAAUUUCGCUGUGAGCCGAUAAAAGACUUAGACUUGGAAGAUCCACCUGUAUUGGAAA